GAAUAAAAGUUGACGCUGAGAAUACAUAAUGUUCUUACCUAAAUGUUUGAUAAUAAGUGAAUUUACUCUAAUACCUAUCAAAAACUAGUGAACGAAAACUUGCCAUGUCGUACAUGACGUGUAAGACGGAGACGACAAAUGUAUAUGGGUAAUGGGUAGCUUCCUAGGUAUAUUAAGUAAAGCCAGACAGGCUGAAGACCCUGCACCGGGCGCUCCUCCGCCUUCAAGAUACAACAUUAAGAAGGAAGAGAGGAUGGUCACCAUCGCCGAUUGGCAAAGGAAAUGGUCAGAAACCGGCAAGGCGUCUUGGACCCGUCGUCUUAUUCCGAACAUCGCAAGAUGGGAGAAUAGGACGACCCCUAGGAUCCCUUGGUCAUACCACAUGACGCAGGCUCUAACCGGACAUGGAUGUUUUCAGUGGUAUCUGCGACGCAUGGGCAGGGCUCUUAGCCCUCGCUGCAUGCACUGUCAGUGCGGCUCAGACACGGCUGAACACACCAUCUUCCACUGCCCGAAUUGGGACAGCCUACGAGACGAGCUACGCGCUCGACUGGGACACUCUCCCGAGGUCACCGACUGCGAGAGCAUACUGUGCGGCCCUCUCUUCGAGGACCUUCCAAUGGAACAGGCAGAUAAGGCGAAGGUUCUCAGUGAGGCAGAAGAGACCUUCAGACUCUUCUAUAAAAUGGUAGAAGAGAUUCUGACUCUUAAGGAAAUCGAAGAAAGGGCGCGACAGGCGGCAGACUGAAUUUACAGAACGAGAAUCGAGAGUGGCGGGCUUAGGCCGGCUCAAGAAAAGGCACAGGACGAGAAGUCUAGGAUGGCUGGUUUUACCGGUCCGAGAAGACGCAAAAGUAAAAGCUAAACUGACCAAACAAUAUGUAGGGUCGGUCUGGGGUCUGCCCCGGCUGUCCUAGGCAGUCAUGUUUAUGAAUAAUGGGAAAAAAAAAAAAAAAAAAAAAAAAAUUAAUGUAAAAAACGUAAACUGUGUAAGGCAUCAUGGAGUCCGCGGUAUGUACAUUUGCAUGUACAAACUGCGAUUCAUGCGAGCCGGAAUAAACGAUGUAAACUAUAAAUAAACGAUACUGCAUGGGGGUCAAGUAAUGUGAUAAACGUGCGUCUCCCAUGUAGUGGUGCAUUACCAAAAAAAAAAAAAAAAA